GUUCCUCCUCCCCCAAUGCAUCAUCACCACAGACUCAUCUCUGCCAUGUUCUUUCUCCCGUCCUGAAAAUAAACCGCAUAAACGGUCCGUUUAGUUGCUAAUUUUAUAAGCUAUGAUAAUGUGGACGCGGUGAACAUCAAACGCUGCCCUAAAAUUUGUCGACUUAAGGCGGAGGGACGUUGCACAAUGGCAGCCGACGCUGAGGAUUUCAACUUUGAUGAAUAUGACAAACCUGGUGCUGAGCGUUCCCGCAGAAGAAGGGGUGAUGCUGAUGGUCUCGAGAGUGAUUUGGAAGAAGAUUUGUUGGAGGAGGACUGGCUGUCUGCUAAAAAGAAUCCCUCCGAAAUGUCAGAUGAGGAGUUGAAUGAUGACCUUCUUCAAAGUGAUGAUGAAGACCUGAAUGUCAGCGGUCAGGAUGCAGCCUACAGCAUGGGUGCUUCCUAUGACCAGCAAGACAGCUUGCAGGAAGCAGACUACACAGAUGAUGUCGUGAACCUGGGUGCAGAGGGCUAUGAAGAGGAGGAGGGUUAUAAUCAGGACGGUGAAGAGGCCUAUGCUGAGGAAUACAACCAGGGUCACAACACAGAGAUGGACCAAAUCGAUUACAGUGGAGAGCCAGCUGGCGGCGAAGAUGGCUACCAGUACGAAGUGCUAGACAUUGAAAUCGGCGAACCCAUCGAUGGUGAAUUUCAAGAAUUCCAAAGAUCCAAUGGUGAUGAACCUCUUAAUGAAGCUGAAACUAGUCAGGAGGAAGAGGCAGCAGUAAGAGAGCAGCAAGAAAAGGAAGAGCCUACAGAGGAACAUCGGUUCUAUGAGACAGAGGAGGUUGAAAAUGAGACUCUUCCUGGUGAACAAACACAGGAGGAAUCUGACGAAGAGGAUGAUGAAGGUGAAGAAUCUGGUAGAAUACGGUUUAAAUCUGAGAGGAAGGAAGGCGCCGUCGUACGACUGGCGGAUGCCGGCAGUAAGAGGAGGAACAUCCCUGAAACUCUAGAGCUUUCAGAGAAGGCUAAGAAAGAUUUGCUGGAGUUUGAGGAACACGAGCGGCAGAAGAGACACACCCGUCAUGGAGGGCGAGGCAGAGGAGCUGGAAUAGGAGGAGGAGGAGGAGGAGGACGAGGUGGGAGAGGAAGAGGUGGUUUCCCUGGCUAUGGAAUGGCAGACUUUAGAGGAGGUCAAAGAAGAAAAAUGCAUGACCAUAUGCUUCCCCUGAUGGGAAACAUGAACUUACAGCAAUCCUCCCGAAUGCCUUCUCCGCAUCAGCAGCAUCUGCACUCCCAUCAGCACCACCCUUCGCGCCCGAGAGGACCACCUCCCUUCCAGGAGCAUGGGCGCUCCAUUCCCCAGCAGCCCCUUCAGCCCCUGAUCCCCCCUCACAUGGCUCACCGCUCCCCACAGCUGCGGCCCCAGAUGGAACAACCACCACCUCGAAUGAUGAGCUCCCCACCACCUAGUUUCCCUCAGCAUCAUCAGCAACAGCCCUCUCAGCCCAAAAACAUCCACAUAAAUCCCCACUUCAGAGGACCUGCACAGUCCUCUGUACAAGUGCCCUUGAUGCCUCCUGCUCAGAGCCAAUCCAGACCUGCUGUGGGUCCUCAGAGGUUUCCUGGCCUGGGAGAUUUCCAGCCGCACAUGCCGGCUAAUUUUGGUCCAUCCCACCGACUGCCUCAUCACAUGGAGCCCUUAAGGAACCAGCCACCUCAAGGCCCCCAGGACAGAGAGCCUAUAUUUAUGGGAGGUGUGGACACAGACUGCGGAGAAUCAUCCCGAUUUCCAGGGCAGCACAUGUUCGAUCACCCGGGGCCCGGCUCUUUGAUGAACAGCGGCAACAACCUCCACCACCAGCAGCAGCUGCCCGGUCAGGGCCACAUGGGCUUCGGCCCUCCUGGACCACCCUUCAACCAGCCGGGCCAGGGCCCGUUAGGACAUUUUCAGAGAGAACCCCCAAGACCCAACCUCCCCCCACACCAAGGUCAUCAUGGGAUGGCGAACAUGAAUCAACAAGGUGGCCCCCCAAACCAGCCCCGACCUUUCAUGAACCCUCGGCAGCCAUUUGGCCAGCAGGGUAGCACCUUCCCCCCUCCACCAUUUCAGUUUGGGAUGCAGGUACGACUAAGAGGCUUGUUACAAACGCCGCCUGUCAACCAGCUGACGCAUCACGACCCCUUAUCACCCCAUUCCAUGCACCAGCAGCAGCCCCACCACCAUAGGCAAGAGAUGCCCCAUCAGCAGCACCAACAGAUAAAUCUCAACGAGCCUCGGCCCAUGUCACAUCAUGGUCAGAAUCCUUUCCAUCAGCAGCAGGGACAUGGUGGCCCCAGGCAUACGAAUCCCCGUUCCCAGAACCCCCCACAGAGGAACAUGUCAAACAGGCAGAGAAUGAGCACACCCGUCUCCAAACAAAUGCAGCAUCGCAACAGCAACCUACGGGAGCUCCCUGUAGCACCUGGUAACACUAACAUGAACAGUUCCUCCCCUGCUGCCAACAUCAAGCCUGUUGCCAGGACAACGCCAGGGACGCGUCCGGGGCAGAACGCUCAGCUGGCGUAUGGUGGCGGCAGAGGAAGAGGCCAAGCUGCGAAGACUGAACCACAGGCUGGGGGGACAGGCAGGGUGGUGACUCAACAGGAAGCUCCAAAUGCAUCAUCCAGCUUAACACCAGAGGACCCUAAUGAAGAUGAAGAGACACGGCAGUACCGUCUGAAGAUUGAGGAGCAGAAGAGACUGAGGGAGGAGAUCCUGAGAAAGAAGGAGUUGCGGCGGCAAAUGCAGGCUGGUGUCCGGAAGAAGGAGCUGCUGGAGAGACUUAAUGCUCAGUCAAAUACACCAAACCAAGACACUACUCCUACACAGGCUCAGCCUUUGCAACCAAAUCAGCAAAAACAGCAGCCAGAACAAAAAGUGCAACAACUGCAGACACAGCAGCAGAGGAUUGUUGCUCAGAGACCACAGCAGUCAGUAAAUCACACAUUAACCAAUCCUAACCUAGACAGCGCCCCUCCUCCUUGCAAUCCUGCUCAGAACCCUGCACUGCGUCCCAACAUCAAGUCGCGCCUGCAGAUGGUCAAAGGGAACACACAGGAGCAGCAGACCCCCAGCUCAGGUCCUGAACAGCAAUGGAAGCCGCCCCAGCAGAAUCAGCAGCAGCUACUUCAGCAACAAAGGAGAAACAGUUCUUUGCAGACUGUAAACAGACCUGGCGCUCAAGUUCCUCCAAAAAACGCCCCUCCUCCAGGCCCAUCUCAGACUCAAGGACCUAAAUCUGGGGCUAAAAGAACUGUGAUGCAGCGAGCCAAAAGUUCUGAUAUGGAGGCCCAGCACGUGCCACAAAAAGUCAGAGUUGUCAAACUUUCUGGACCGAGUGGAAAGGGGCCUGAGGCGAGUAGCAGCCCAGUACAGCAGCAAGGCACCUGGCAAGCAGCUCCAGUCAACCAGAGCAUCCAAAGGAAGGUGACCAUGAUGGGACAGCAGCAAACGGGACCAGGUGGAGCACCGGAGGCUAGCUGUGGGGGCACAGGAGAUACACAGCAGAGCAGGGUUGUGGUAUCGGGCCGGGGUCGAGGUAGAGGCAUCGGAAGGGGUCAACCAUUGCCCACUAGGCAAAGCCAGAGAGGACCAGAUAACGCUCACAGUACCGUGUGCAUCCAGGGCCUCUCCUCAUCUACAACUGAAAAUCAGCUCAAGAACCUCCUCAUGUCCAUCGGCCCCGUAGAGAUGUUUAAAAUGAUGCCCCAGCAGAGAAAAGCAAUUGCUAAAUUUUCCAACCCCCAGCAUGCAGCAAGCUUCCAAAUGAGCUUCCAUAGGCACAUGAUUGAUUUGUCCCACAUUGACGUGUCGCUGAUUGACGGAUGAGGAGCGCCACCGAUUCACCGAAGGGUCUCUUUCCCCUGGUUUUGUGUGGGAGUUUCUUGUACCUUGCUCUGCUCUACACGGUUGUGGGAUUAUUUCAACUCGCUCGUCGUCUCGUCGCAGAUUUCAUCAUUCGUCUCCCUCCUGCCUGGACAAGUGAACACAAAGAUAGCUGUGUGCAUGCGUGUGUUUAACUUUGCCUACCAAGAGGCUCUAGAUGUAAAAUAUCUUUGAACAGACACUAAAUACUGACUCCUCUGAUGUUUGAGAACUUUCUUUUUCCCUGUUUCAUAAGGACACUGGUAAAAUCUUUUCAUGAGAUAAUGGUUGCUGCCCUCCUCAUUUAGUUACCUUUAAUAAACACAAAAGGACACCUGAUUGUUAUCUAGCUGUGACAUCUUGUUGCUGUUUUGCUAUUUUAUGCUUUAGUUUCAUGCAGAUAGUUGUGGCUGUUGCUGGCGUCAUUUUUACUCCCUCUCAGUAGAUGGCACUGUUUUAUCCCUUUGGUGGUUUCAGCCUGAACCUGCUUUUGGGUUCCAUUUCUGGCCAUUGGCGCCAUCUUGUGGGGAUGAUGCAUGCAGGCACAGAGGACUGGAUGGGUGUUUGAUGUAGCAGCAACUGAAGCAAAGUUACAUUUCAGAAUACCAAACACUUUGUAGAAUUUGUAAAUACUGUGUGGAUUCUCUGGCUCUCAGAGUUCUCUGGAUUUAGAGUUUAAAUGUUUUUCCCUCUGAAUGUAAUUUGGUCUUUUAGCUGUGGACUGGGCGGCGUUGGGGGAUCAAUCUUUAGUUUGCCGGUGGUAUGAUAGUUGGUCAGAUUAUAGAGUUGCUAAGAUGAAGAGAGUUAUUAUGAUAAUUAUAAUUUGAGGAACUUGAUUUCUUUAAGUUAGCAAAUAUGUUUGGAAGAUUGGAGGAAAUUGUUUUAAUGCAAGAUGUACAGGGCAGAUCCAUUCCUUAUAAUGUUUUUUUAGCUGCAGAUUUGAGAUUUAGAAAUUUUCUGUAAAGGUUGGAACUGAGGAGGAUCCUCAACUGGGAUUUCAAAUUAUUACUGAUUCUUUUAUUAUGAAGACGUGUGUUUUUCUAUAAAUUGGAUGCUUCCUGAUUCCCUAAAACUACAGAAAUAGAAGUUCAGUAAAGAAAAAAAAAAAGGGAAAUGACUCCCAUUUCUACACUAUUUUGAUACAUCACUUUAUGCUUUCCCAAAGUUUUCUAUCUUUUAUGAAAUUAUAACUGAAAUCAGGGAUGCCUAAAAUUUCUAAAAUAGUGUUCUCCCAUGAAUCGACUCUUGAAAUUUCUUUAGAUUUAUGUAAGUUUAAUUUCCAUUACUUCUCCACUACAUGUUUGUUUGUAUCGCACAAAAACUGAUCCUACCUUCUUUAUUACGGAAGAUGGCAACUAAACUUCCAAAUUCAUUAUUGGCAAAUGUUGAGGGGGGCAACCAUUAUAUUUGUAUUGGUCAUGUAUAUAAGUAAAACCAGACAUGUCACUCUUUAUUAAGCCUUUCAACUUUUUUUUUUCCCUCCUUUCCUUGUGUUAGUCAUGUUAUAACAAGUUAGAUUUUUAUAUGUAAAGGCUGAACAGAUAUGUCUAGAGAGAAUCCUUUUUUACAAGUGGUGUGUAUCUAUACUAGAGUUAGAAUGACAAACAGCUGGAGCACAUUUCUGUUCAUGUCUUAAAAAAGCAUUUAAAAGAAAACGAAAAAUACCAAUAAAAACAUGGCCAAUAUACCGUAAACAUGCUGGUAUGUGAAGCCGGUUAAACUUUAGCUCUAAUAUGUGUGCUUGGUUAUGUGUGAUGUUCAUGUGUCUGGUGCCUUUUACAAUGACGUCUCUUUAUAUGUGUGACACAUUUUAAUCUUUUGUACUUUGCAGAAGCUGUAAGUUUGUGGAUAUUUUCCCACAGUAUCAUAUUAAUACUUAUGGAAACAUUUCCUAUGUCAGUAUUAAACUGUUUUUAUAAAU